ACUAAUCAGAUUGUACUCAGGCUAAACGAGUUGCGAGUUUUCGCGAUAGUUUUCGGGUUGCACUUCAGCGAAACUGCCAGCGGAAAACGCAAAACCCCGUCGGAAUGGCAUCGUUGGUGAAUAGUGUACGCGGUUUGGCCUGCCGGAAUACGUCGCUACUGCGCGUGGUGCUGCGGUCAGUCUCGUCCGCCACCAUCGUUCAGUGUAAUCAGAAGUUUUUGACAGUCGCCGGGGCCCCAAACUCCUUGAUGCGACUGUCCCCGUUUGAGCAAAGCGGUCGGUGGCAACUAGAGAUAGUCCGAAAGUACAGUGCCAAGGAACCGCUAACUAUUCAGCUGAUCAAAGAGCGAGUCCUGCUGGUGCUUAAGCUGUACGACAAAGUAAAUCCGGAGAAGCUUACCCUGGAGUCACACUUUAUCAACGACCUCGGUUUGGAUUCGCUUGAUCAUGUCGAAGUGAUAAUGGCCAUGGAGGACGAGUUUGGUUUUGAAAUCCCCGAUGGUGAUGCCGAAAAGCUUUUCAGACCAGCUGACAUCGUUCAGUACAUUGCUGAUAAAGAGGAUAUCUAUGAAUAAGCCAGGACGUGCAACGGACGCGGGGAACCAAUUUGUAAAGUCUCUGCCCCGGGGCGCUGCCAGCACACGUUGUAGCUUUUAGUUUGCGUAAUUGAUGGUUGGAUUGAGCAGAACAUACGCGGAACCACACCGGUACGGAGUUUAACGAAAACACUAAACGGGGUUCGCCGUUGCUCGAUGUGUGUGGAACGGUCAAAAAACUUGAAAAACACAUCUCUAGCCGAUAGGUGUUACAACUACAAUAAAAUGUAUCUGCUAUUUCGCCGCUCCC